AUGCAGUACCCCUCCAAGAUUGCCAUCGCCGCUGUUGCCUUCGCCUCAGCCAUCGGAGUUGUCACUGCAGCCCCUGCUAUUGGAUUCAACAACACCGGGUUCGACAACGAGACGUUCGUCAUCCAGCCCUACAUGACCUGCAUUCAAGACAGUCAGUGUGGUUUCGGAAGCUUUUGCGACACUCCCGCCGGCAGGUGCACUCUGGGUUGCCGCGCAGACUUCCACUGCGCUCAUGACCAUCGUUGUCAAGAUGAUGUCGCAGGGAGCAAAUUAUCUUUGGGAAGGAGCUUUGUAUCCCGGUGA